AUGUCACAACUGACAUUUUUGGAUGCAGCAAGAACACUCCAAACACUCGCUGAAAGAAGCACUGCCAGCAGGAGUGCUCAAUGUGCUGUUGCUUACAGUGAUGGUGACCACAGUACCCUGGGAGUCAAGAGUAAACCUUUCACAUUGUUAAGGUUCGGUCAGUCCCUCAUCGUUCGUCCCUGUACCCCCUUGGAUCUACAUUUUCUGCAGGAGAUACAAAAGUUUAAGACGGGGGAAAUCCGCACGUUUAUUAACCCGUUUAUUUGGAAACCUUUUGACGACUUAGAGGCGCCGCGCCCCAAAGCCCCGGGAGCGGCCGGGCAAAAAACCUCGAUUUACCAGCGGGGGCGGGCACAGGCAAACACCCAGCGCUGCUCCAAAAUCGCAUGUACACCUACUCCCAGUCGCCCACCCACACGGGUUAUCGAGCUUGACUUCGAUCAGUUGCCCGAGGGUGAUGAAGUUAUAAGUAUACUGAAACAGGAACACACCCAGCUGCACAUAUGGAUUGCCCUAGCGCUGGAAUACUACAAGCAAGGCAAAACAGAAGACUUUGUGAAGCUGCUGGAAGCCGCCCGCAUCGAUGGCAACCUGGACUACAGAGACCACGAGAAAGAUCAGAUGACAUGUCUGGACACUCUGGCAGCCUACUAUGUCCAGCAGGCUCGGAAGGAGAAGAACAAAGACAACAAGAAGGAGCUCAUCACCCAGGCCACCUUGCUGUACACUAUGGCUGACAAAAUCAUCAUGUAUGAUCAGAAUCACUUGUUGGGAAGAGCCUGCUUUUGCCUACUUGAAGGUGAUAAGAUGGACCAAGCUGAUGCACAGUUCCACUUCGUGCUCAACCAGUCUCCAAAUAAUAUUCCUGCCCUUCUCGGUAAGGCAUGCAUUUCUUUCAACAAGAAGGAUUAUAGAGGAGCCCUUGCCUACUACAAGAAAGCACUGCGUACCAAUCCAGGCUGCCCAGCCGAGGUUCGGUUGGGAAUGGGCCACUGCUUCGUGAAACUGAACAAGCUGGAAAAAGCUCGCUUGGCCUUCAGCAGGGCUCUGGAGCUGAAUUCCAAGUGUGUCGGGGCCUUGGUUGGACUGGCUGUUCUGGAACUCAAUAAUAAGGAGGCUGAUUCCAUCAAGAAUGGUGUUCAACUCCUCUCUAGAGCUUACACAAUUGAUCCCAGUAAUCCAAUGGUGUUGAAUCACUUGGCUAAUCACUUCUUUUUCAAGAAGGACUAUGGUAAAGUGCAACACUUGGCUCUUCAUGCUUUCCAUAACACAGAAGUGGAAGCGAUGCAGGCAGAGAGCUGUUAUCAGCUGGCAAGGUCUUUUCACGUGCAGGAAGAUUAUGAUCAAGCUUUCCAGUAUUAUUACCAGGCCACUCAGUUUGCCUCAUCUUCUUUCGUACUUCCAUUUUUUGGAUUGGGUCAAAUGUACAUUUAUCGAGGGGACAAAGAGAAUGCUUCACAAUGCUUUGAAAAAGUCUUGAAAGCCUAUCCUAACAAUUAUGAGACUAUGAAAAUCCUUGGAUCUCUUUAUGCAGCUUCAGAAGACCAGGAGAAACGGGAUAUUGCAAAGGGGCAUUUAAAGAAAGUCACAGAACAAUAUCCUGAUGAUGUAGAGGCAUGGAUUGAGCUAGCCCAAAUUCUAGAACAGACUGAUAUACAGGGUGCUCUGUCAGCCUAUGGAACAGCCACACGCAUUCUGCAGGAGAAAGUACAGGCUGAUGUCCCUCCAGAGAUCCUGAAUAAUGUGGGUGCCCUGCACUUCAGGCUGGGAAACCUGGGAGAAGCAAAGAAAUACUUCUUGGCCUCGCUGGAUCGUGCAAAGGCAGAGGCUGAGCACGAUGAGCAUUACUACAAUGCCAUCUCUGUGACAACAUCCUACAACCUUGCCAGGCUCUACGAGGCCAUGUGUGAAUUUCAUGAAGCAGAAAAGCUCUAUAAAAACAUUUUGAGAGAACAUCCGAAUUACGUUGAUUGCUACUUGCGCUUGGGAGCUAUGGCCAGGGAUAAAGGGAAUUUUUAUGAGGCUUCUGAUUGGUUUAAAGAAGCACUUCAAAUAAAUCAGGAUCAUCCAGAUGCCUGGUCUCUGAUUGGCAAUCUUCAUUUGGCUAAACAAGAGUGGGGUCCAGGACAGAAGAAAUUUGAAAGAAUAUUGAAGCAGCCCUCCACACAAAAUGAUACUUACUCCAUGCUGGCUCUUGGCAAUGUCUGGUUGCAGACUCUCCAUCAACCCACAAGAGACAGAGAAAAGGAGAAACGUCACCAGGACCGUGCAUUAGCCAUCUACAAGCAAGUCCUCAGAAAUGACCCAAAGAAUUUGUAUGCUGCUAAUGGCAUAGGAGCUGUCUUGGCACAUAAAGGAUAUUUCCGUGAAGCUCGUGAUGUUUUUGCCCAAGUGAGAGAGGCCACAGCAGACAUCAGCGAUGUGUGGCUGAAUCUGGCUCAUAUCUACGUGGAGCAGAAACAGUACAUCAGUGCUGUGCAGAUGUAUGAAAACUGCCUCAGGAAGUUCUAUAAGCACCAAAAUACUGAAGUGUUGUUAUAUUUGGCCCGGGCGCUGUUUAAAUGUGGCAAAUUACAGGAAUGCAAACAGACUUUGUUAAAGGCCAGGCAUGUGGCUCCAAGCGAUACAGUCCUCAUGUUUAAUGUGGCUUUAGUGCUGCAAAGACUUGCUACCUCUGUUCUGAAAGAUGAAAAAAGCAAUCUGAAGGAAGUGCUUAAUGCUGUGAAAGAGCUGGAGCUCGCCCACAGGUACUUCAGUUACUUGAGUAAAGUAGGUGAUAAGAUGAGAUUUGACUUGGCACUUGCUGCUACAGAAGCCAGGCAAUGCUCUGACUUACUGAGCCAGGCCCAGUACCACGUGGCUCGGGCACGCAAGCAGGAUGAGGAGGAGAGGGAGCUGCGUGCCAAGCAGGAGCAGGAGAAGGAGCUGCUUCGCCAGAAACUGCUUAAAGAACAGGAAGAGAAGCGCCUGAGAGAAAAAGAAGAGCAGAAGAAACUUCUGGAACAGAGAGCUCAAUAUGUGGAGAAGACCAAGAAUAUUCUGAUGUUCACUGGUGAAGUGGAAGGAUCAAAGGAGAAAAAACGUGGUGGCGGUGGAGGCAGGCGUUCCAAGAAAGGAGCAGGGGAGUUUGAUGAGUUCGUCAAUGAUGACAGUGAUGAAGAUCUGCCCAUCUCCAGAAAGAAAAAGAAGAGGAAGGGCAGUGGCAGUGAACAGGAUGGGGAAGAAGAGGAGGGUGAGAGAAAGAAGAAGAAGAGGAGGAGACCCCAGAAGGCAGAAGAAGGGAGUGAUGAUGAAGAACACGAAAACGGCCCGCGGCCUAAAAAGCGACGUCCACCCAAAGCGGAGAAGAAGAAGGCUCCCAAACCAGAACGUCUGCCCCCUUCAAUGAAAGGAAAGAUCAAAUCAAAAGCCAUCAUUUCAUCAAGUGAUGAUUCUUCUGAUGAGGACAAACUCAAAAUUGCUGAUGAUGGGCACGCUAGGAACAGCAACAGCGAUUCCGAGGACGGGGAACAGCAGCACAGCAAACGCAUCGUUUCUGACAGCGAUUCCGAUGCCAGGAACAAGUCCGGCAGCGAGGCCGGCACUCCCCGCCGGUCCAGCGCCCGCGCGUCCGAGGAGGAGUCUGACAGCGAUGGGUCCCCCAGGAAGCGGCGGCGCUCGGAGUCGGAGCAGUCGGACAAUGAGUCCGUGCAGUCGGGGAGGAGCCGCGGCUCCGGCGGCUCCGAGAACGAGUCGCGCCCGGCCUCGCGCAGCGCCGAGUCCGACAGGGACUCCGAGAGAGGCUCUGACCACGAGGGCUCUGCCAGAGCUUCCGGGAACGAGUCUGAGCCAGAGGCAUCCAAUGAUGAGGGCUCUGAAGGGGGCUCGGAGGACAGCGAUUAGAGCCGAAUUACAGACCAUCUUUUAAAAACCUUCGUGUAAAUAUGUCUCAGUUACAGGGGAGAUCAAAUUUUUAUAUUUCAAAACUGUGAUUUAAAGAACCUUAAUGUUUUAGUAAACUGUUGUGAGGCCUUUCUGUGAUUCUUUCUGUUAGUUACUAGUGGAUGUUUCUCUAAGUUGGCUUAAUGGUGUAUUUUUAAAUUGAAACCACUGUAGGUGCACAGAAUCCCUGUCCUGUAGUCAGCACACCAAGGAUGGAAUGCAUGUAAAAGCUAUGGAACUUUAGGUGGUUCAGUGUGGCUAAAACUUUGUUCUGUGAUAAUACAUGCAUAGAUGGAUCUUAAAAUCCUACCAGAUGCGACAAGAGCUGUGGAUAUUUAUCUUUUUCCUCACUCGGAGUAAAGGUCAGUAGGGAGAUUUUUCUUACUUUCUAUUAAAGAAUAAAUGUGCCACGGUGCAGCUCUUUUAUGUUAUUCAGAGUUUGUUCUCUUGCUUCUGUUUUUGUGUUAAAUCAGUUGAAAAUAUGCAGAUCUUAGAGAAAUUUUAUAAACUAGUGAUGCAGAUGUAGAUGAAAUAUUUAAAUUGGCUGGUAAAGACAUUUGGGAAAACUCUGUAUUACGUGAGAAAGGUGAAGCUGCAAGUGUUGCAAUAAAAUGUUCUUACUUAU